AUGGGAAAACAAGCCAAAUCGACUAAGAAGUUUGAGAAAAAUCAACUCAAGGGAACGAUUGAACGGAGGAAAGAAUUCGCAAAGAUCAAACAGCGACACCAGCAAAAGGCAAAGAAGAAACAAAGAGCAGAGAAGAGAUCGAAGCCGGCGGACGAAGAUGGAGAGUCUAAUGAUGAGGCACUUGGAGAAGAGCAAGCGGACAUGAAUGAGGACGAGUUCUUCCAAGAAACGUUGGACAUCCCCGAACCCGAGACCAAGGCAACACCGAAGAGCAAUGGUGUCAAGCGCAAGAGAAACAAUCUCGCCGAUUGUGAAGAAGGCGCAGACUCAGAGGUUGAUGAAGAAGAUGGCGAUGAGGCUGGAAUCAAUAUGGCCGCGCUGGCUGAGAAAGACCCUGAGUUCUACAAAUAUCUGAAGGAAAACGAUGCCGAGCUGCUGGAAUUUGACGAAGACGAUGACCUGGCUGCGGUGGAUGAUCUUAGUGACAACGAACCGCCAGCAAAGAAGCAGAAAACCAUGGGUGGUGAUGUCGAGGAUACUGAUGCUCCCGACGACGUGACCUUGGUCAUGGUGGAGAAGUGGAAGUCUUCCUUGGCCGAACAAUUCUCCAUCAGAGCUCUCCGUCAAGUUGUCCUAGCAUUUCGUGCGGCUGCGCACGCGGACGACGAAGAGGACAUGGUCUUCAAAUACAACAUACCCAGUCCCGAGGUGUACCACGAAGUUUUGAUGACAGCCCUCAAGCAGGUCCCGCAGGUCCUGUCCCACCAUCUCCCCGUCAAAGAGACUGCUACUGGGAAACUGCGCAUUCCCACCGACUCCCCGAAAUUCAAGACUCUAGCACCAUUGAUCAAGUCGCACGCGUCAUCCUUGCACUACUUGCUCGGCCACUUGUCGGACACCAAGACUCUGCGGUUGACGUUGGAGUCUUUUGAGCCGCUUUUACCAUAUCUACUUCAGUUCCGCAAGUUCCUGAAAGUCAUCACGAAAGCAGUUGCAGCCAUUUGGUCUGACAAUUCGUCUGACGAAGCAACUCGGAUCCAGGCAUUUUUAGUCAUCCGGCGGCUUAUGGUCAUUGGUGAUGCUGGGAUCCGCGAAGCUGUACUCAAGUCGACCUACGAGGGUGUUGUGAAGGGGAGCCGGAAUACGACCAUCCACACCCUGGCAGGGAUCAACUUAAUGAAGAACUCGGCAGCCGAGAUCUGGGGAAUUGACCAAAAAGUCAGCUACACAACUGGCUUUACGUUCAUUCGGCAACUAGCCAUCCAUCUCCGGGGGAAUAUCACAAAACCCACCAAGGACUCGUACAAGACCGUCUACAACUGGCAGUUUGUUCACUCUCUAGAUUUCUGGUCUCGGGUCCUGUCUACUCACUGCACCUCGGUGCUUGAAACCCAGAAUGGCAAACCUUCACAGCUCCGGCCUCUGAUCUAUCCAGUGGUACAAGUUACGCUCGGCACACUGCGUCUGAUACCCACUUCCACAUACUUCCCACUUCGUUUUCAGCUCAUGCGCUCUCUCCUGCGCAUUUCACAGGCAACGGAGACCUACAUUCCCUUGUCGGCUGCCCUGAUAGAGGUUUUGAACUCGGCGGAGAUGAAGAAGCCCGCAAAAGCCGCAACAUUGCGACCGCUCGAUUUUGCCUCCAACAUCAGAGCACCGACAUCCUAUCUGAAGAGCAAGAUCUACCAAGAUGGCGUCGGCGAACAAGUGGUUGAACUACUUUCGGAGUUCUUCGUGCUAUGGACCAAGAGUAUCGCCUACCCUGAACUGCAGCUACCCGUAACUGUCAUGCUCAAGCGCUGGAUAAAAGCAGCUUCUAAAACUAGCGGAAAUAGGAACUCCAAGCUCACCCAAGCCGUCGCCCUACUCGUUCAAAAGUCUGAGACAAAUGCCAAGUGGAUUGAAGAGCGGAGGAACAAGAUCAACUUCUCACCCAAAGACAGGACUGAAGUUGAGGCUUUCCUGAAAGAUGUGCAGUGGCAAGACACGCCGCUGGGAGCAUUUGUCGUGUCACAGAGGAAGUUGAGGGAUGACAGGAGGAAGGUCCUGGAACAAGGCCGGAAGGAGCAGGAACGACGCAAAAACACCAAGGACAGUGAUGAGAGUGAUAUUGAGAUCGCUUGA